AUGGUCCCUGAACAUUCUCAUAUACUGCAAAUAUGUGACUAUAUCAAUUCCCACCAAUUGACUCCAAAGAAAUUCUUCCACGCUUUCCUACAGAACAACGACUUGAACGCCAUCGAUCGCCGCAAGAAAUGGUACGGAAAGGGGCUACCUUCGACGAUGGAUCUCCUCAAGGUGUUUGUAGAAGUUUUGACCAAGAAAGAAGAAGGCAAGAAGAUGUGGCAUGAGUUUGUACUGGAGCAUGCGAUUGAAAUUGUCAAACAACAGCAGCCCAAAAGUGGGUAUUAUCCACAAGGCUCUUUCCUGAGCAGUGCUGCAGCUACUGCCUCUUUCUUCAGCGAAGAGUCCAAGCAGAGUUACAACGAUCAGUAUAUCGUGAAAAGUAUGCCUUUCCUCCACAACCUUGUGUUGGGGGCACUAUCGACCUCGGUUUCAAACAACGAUCCUAUUCCGACUGAGGCUGAUGAAACCCUGGUUGCAGCACAAGCUCAGGAUGAUCAGCAAGGGCUUGACUUGGAGGAAAUUGCUUAUGGCUCACCUCCCACCCCUCAGCUACGUGCAACAUCCAGAUUCCAAUGUAUUUCAAAAAUGGUUUGUGGAAUGGUCGCAUUUACAAGAAACCGUCGGCACAAUGGGAUGCAGCUACGAAAUGGGAUUCAGCUUCUUGCUUGUGGCGUGACCGAACGUGUCAAUCAAUAUUUAAUGUACCAUGGAUUGUCUUGCAGUCGUCGAACGGCAAUGGCUGCAAUCAACACACUAUCUUCUGAAGCAGAAAUGAAACUUAAAGAUCUUUUUAGGAAUGCUUUCCGAAAAUUUCCAAUUGCACCAAUUAUCUGUAUUGAUAACUUGGAUAUAGAGGAAAGGGUCCACACCCACUCAACUGGACACCGUAAUCACACCUUUCACGGAAAAUGGGGCUAUGUUCACCUGCCCUCCGAUGAUCUACUCAAUAGCCUGGACAUGGAUGAAAUCAACCUGACUACUUUUCACUCCGCCCUCAAGAAAAUCCCGUCCUUUCAAGUGGAUCCCUACAUGUUCAUGCCAACCCUUGAGUCCGAAGUUAGCUACAAAGCCGUGUGGAAGUCGCAGAUUGCACAUGUUCUGUCCCAAUAUCUAGCCAGCCCCUCCGACCCAUCACAAGCAAUCAACAUAAACCCUCCCGAAGUUGAUCCGAUCUCAAGUACACCCCCAAAGAUACAUAUGCUCAAACUGAUGGAAGCACCUGAAAACAGUUCGGAAGGUAUUGGACAUGUUCUUGAUUCAGUGGCUGAACAGGCUGGCUUAUCUCCCGAGGAGUUUUUCAGUAAAAUGCUACUCUUCGAUGGCGAUUUGGCAACCUGUCGGAACUUCAACAGUCUCAAGUUUCUAUGUAACCCAAGUGAAUAUCCUCGACACAGUCUUCAGAACGUCUCCUUCCAGCUUGGUGCUUCACAUACUUUAUGGAACAUUGCACAAUGUAUAUUUAAAACUCACUUUGGCAAUCCCGAGAGCUCUUUGGAUACAGGUGCAUGGCGUGUUUUGCAUGCACUCGGUGUUCCACAUGAAAGAGCGAUGCCUAAAAAAAAAGAUUACACUCUCAUGCUUAAAUAUAUUGAACGAGUUCAUGAGGCAACUAUUCUGUAUUGUCUGAAGGUGGUCAUGAAAACCGACUUGGAUCCUGUGAUGGCUUUUGAUGGAAAAAACCCGAAACCAACCAUUCCCACUGCAAAAUACAAUCAAAUCAUUGAGGAUGUCUAUGCCCGGUUUUGUACUGGUGAGGCUCGGGCCACAGCUUACGAACGAUCAUCACCGAAGCUCAACAACCUUCUUCUGCGCCUCCAUGAAUUCUCCACCGUGGUUGAAGCGGACCGUGCAAUGAAGGCUGGAGAUAUUGGUCGCCUUAUGAAUGUGUGGAAGAUGUGGGCUGUAAUGAGCCAAUCUUUGAAGGGAUUACGCAAUUACUCAUUGUACCUCCCCCGAUUGAUUGUGUUUCUUAACGAGAUCCUCCCCGGUUCAUUGGGAAAACUUUUUCGACACUCCCUGCUCUUUUCUCCAUCGGGUCGGCCAAAUCACUUUGUCUCUAAAGACUUCUAUCUUGAAAUCCAGAACUACUGGCUUAAGUUUGUAUUCAACAACAGCGGGAUAGGAACUGAUGUGGAUCGACUCAAAGACACAUACUCAUUAAACAUCCACCUGGGAUAA